AUGUUUAGGAACACAUUUCAGUCUGGAUUUCUAUCAAUUUUAUACAGCCUUGGGUAUGAGUUGUUCCUUAAAUGUUCCUGGUUGUCAUAACUUGUAGUGUUUGAAUGCUGUCUUCUAGAGGGUCUGAUACUUCUCUUUCUUUUUCAGGAGCAAGCCCUUGCAAAUAUGGGAUAAAGAAGGUUUUUUUGCAUUGCCAUUCCCCAUUAGAUCUCUAAAUAUAUUUUUCCUUCUGUCAUACAUAAGGAUCAACUGCUGCCUUUUUUCCCCUGUCUCUUCAGACUUGGAGGACUUAUUAAAUAAAACCAUACCUUUACAACAGAGGAUUUUUAGCGAAAGAUGGGAUACACUAAAAUAUUGUGAUACGUCAAAAAUAGUUCCGGAACAUGGUGCCAAUGAAGGUAAAGAGCAGAAGGAAAGAAAAAAAUAAACAUUAAACAUUAGAAAAAUAAGCAAACUUACACAAAUUAGAAACAUGGAAGGAACGUUUGCCUGAAGUUAUAUCGUUGGGGAUGUAGAUAUUUGCCUGAUGGACAAGUCAUUCCCCCUUUUCCACUUCUUUCAAUUCUUCUUCUCUAUUUCUCACUGGAUGCGGGCACAAGCUAAAGGUUACCGUGGUAGAAAUAGGGUGUGGUGACCGUGGUUGGUCUCGGGCAGCCAGUGAUUGUUGAGGACAGGGAUAGGAGGGAUCUAAAGGGACUCUUUUGUUUGAGCUGACUUCUACUUUUGGGUCUAGAUCCUCAUCUGAGAUGGGUCAGAGUAUCAUGUAUGGCUAUGGCCUAUUUCUCGCAGACCCUGCUAAAAUUAACAUAUUUUGAGUGAUUUUCAUUCAAACCUCAAUGGGGGAUCUGAUUUUCCCUUGAAAGUGGAUCAGUCCUUGCCGAUUCAGAUAUAACUUUGCAUACCCCACACGUAACAUGGCUAACCGCAUCAGCGAGUGGAUACCUUAAGCAUCUGAAAUAUUAAUCACCAGUUUAUAAAUGAAAGGUUUAUAUAUUUCAGUCCUGCAGUAGGAAUUCUAGUUGCAGUAACCAUGGUUCCUUCCCCCAGUCUCAUGACAUCCAUGUCUGCUGUGCUUUAUAUGUUUUCGUUGAAUUCAUAGUUAAGCUACAAUAAAGUGUUUGUUUCUGAUAUUACUGCAUGAAACUUUAUAAUCAGUGAUGAUUGGGCGUCUUGUUCUAGCAUAAGUUGUGUGGUACAAGGCAUCACUAUUCCAGUGAACAGAUGUAACAUUGACAUAAUCUCUGCAAGAAAAUGGCACAAAACUCUAGCGGGCUUCAUUGAUUCUUUAAUUAAUAAAAUGCCAUUUCAAAUAAUAAAUUAACCUAUGACUUGGGUUUUUUGUUAUUAAUCGGGUGGACUUUUAGUUUUCUCGUUUUCUCUUUAUCUCGUUAUCAUGUGUGCUGUGGCAAACUGCUUCUUAUUUCCUGUGCAUCAUUUGUGAUCUCUCUAAAUUGCACGUCUUGCAGUUGUAAAUGGCCAGAUAAAACGGCCACAGGAUGAAGACAUCCAGUCCAACGUCCUCGAGAUUGUAGGGUCAAAUGUGCAGUCAGUAUACAUCACAUGCCCUGCAGACCCUGGUGCGACACUUGGGAUAAAGCUUCCUUUUCUUGUCAUAAUUGUGAAGAACUUAAAGAAAUACUUCACAUUUGAGAUCCAAGUGCUGGAUGAUAAGAAUGUUCGCCGGCGUUUCCGAGCUUCCAAUUUUCAAGUAAGUUCCUAUGAAAUAUGUUUCAUAGACUUUUUAUGAAAUUUAUUGCGAAUUUCACUUUUCCUUCAAUGAGAUAUUUUCUGAAUGAUGUGAGGUUUAUAAUAUAUAUUCUUGUUUUCUCUCUUCUGAUGAUACUCACUUGCGGCUGGUAGUAUCAUUGGUGCACCCUUUAGUUGACUUGUGGACUUGAAACAUAAGGAAGACUUAAUGAUCUCAAAAAUGAUAUUUAUUGACCUUCAUCAUCCUCAAUGGCUUCUCAACCCCCCAAACCUUGAUCUCCAAAGAUGGUAUUCGCGCCCACAAUAGAAAAAUAUCCACCAUUGAUGACACUUAAUAACCGAUAAAGAACUCUGUAGUUUAGCCUGAGGAAUUCUCCAGUUGGGGUUAUGUGGAAAGCUUUGAAAUUUUCAUGGUGGAAAUUCAUGUAGUGGGCUUUAUACUGCAAAUACUAGCCAAAUAUUGGUGGCAGAAAAAUUUUAAAACCCUAGCUGGAGGGCCGGGCCGGGUCAACCCAUAUGAAGCCUGAUCUGAGCCCGGCCCUCUCUAUCCACAGAGAGAGAAACUUGACUGAUCUCCUAGACCGGGUCUAUUUCUUUCCUUAUUUGCAGGCUCUGACACGCGUGAAGCCUUUCAUCUGCACCAUGCCUCUGAGGCUGGAGGAGGGCUGGAACAAUAUCCCGCUGAACCUCGCUGACCUGACCAGGAGGGCCUACGGCACCAACUACGUGGAGACCCUGCGGGUCCAGGUCCACGCCAACUGUCGCCUCAGGAGGGUCUACUUCUCGGACCGCCUCUACUCUGAGGAGGAGCUCCCCCCUGAGUUCAAGCUCUACCUCCCCAUGCAGCAGGUGCCCCCUCCCCCUCGCCCCCUUCUUCACUCAUAAAAAUGGUUCCUUUAUCUUCCAUCUGAAAACCCAGUCUGUGCUUUUUCUGUAUCUUUUCCUGCAGAAGCCCUAGCGCGUUGAGGAUGAAUCUCCUUCGGGAACCCCAUUUCCCAACAUAGAAAUCAGCUUCUGAUGCUGCUCCUCUUGUUAAAUUUUUGAUGCUGCUGCAUACAUAAUACGUACAUAAUUUUAUUAUGAUUAUUACUAUUAUUGUUUUGAUAUGGAGGCCCUACCGCGUGGAGGAUUGAACCCAGUUUCCUUACAUAGAAAGCAGCUGUCCGUGUUCUUAGCCCAGAAACAGUAGGCUUCUGGGUCAUACAUGCAUAA